AUGCCGACACAGCAAGGCCAGCCCUCCAUGGACCUCCUUCCCACACCCUUGCCUCGGACCCUGUAUUGGGACAACGGGGCGGGAACCCCAGAAUAUGUAGCAGUGCACAACACAGAGUGCAGGUGGCCUGCAUUCCUGAAGGCCAUCUGCCCCAUCACGGUGCUGGUCGCCCCUGUGGGCAGCCCCUAUGCAACCUACAUCCUGAAUUUGGCCGUCGCGGAUAUCAUCACCCUCUGCUGCAUAACUCUGAUCCUGUUGGGAAAGCUCCUAACACUGCAACACCAGGUGGCCUGGCAGGGGGCUGCACUCCUGGAACCCAUCUCCUGUUUCUCCGACACAGUGGGGCUGUGUCUCCUCACAGCCCUGAGUGUGGAGAGCUUGCUCCGUGUCCUCUGUCCCACCUGCUGCCAACGCCGACGCCCAAAGCACACCUCUGCCGUUGUGUGUGCCAUAAUCUGGGUCCUGGCCCUGACCUUGCACCUGACAGGUGAGGUCUGUGAUGCUUUCAUGGAGUUCUUGGCCUGCGACCGAUUUCUCAAAGGCUUUGCGGUAUUUCAUGUGCUGGUUUUCUCCGUGAUGUGCGUGUCCAGCCUGGCUCUGACGGCUAGGGACCUGUGCUGUGUGCAGCCGGGGUGGGCCUCUGGGGUGUGCCACGUCGUCCGCACUGUGGGGACCUCGUUUCUGCUCUGGGGCCUGCCUGUCAUCGUCUCCAUACUCCUGCCAGAGAGAGAGCAUGUGGCCCUCACUGUGGACCUCGUGAUGCUCCUGUCCAGCGUGGUCAGUACUGCUCGCCCAGCCCUCUACUUCUUCGCUGGGUACCUCGGGAAGAGGCAGGGAAGAGAAUCCCUAAUGAUUGCUUUCCAGAGGGCCUUGAUGAGUGAGAUGGUGGCAGGGAGGAAGGACAUGAUCCCCAACGUGGCAGCCCAGGGAGAUGCUGGCCCCAGAGCUGGGAGCAGAGAACCCCCUUCUCUGCAGCUCUGCUCAACUGUAGAAUGCACAGACUGCCCAGCACACCAACUGUGA